AUGGCGAGAGUGAAGAAGAAGACUCUCCGAGAGUGGGACGACCGCCGCGACAACCAAGGCUGCACCGUGCCUCUGUGCACAGAGUCAAAAGUCGCCCUCCGCCGGGUCGAGGCGCACCGGUAUAACUGCAACAAGGCGGAGGACGAGUACGACGCGGACGCGCGAAGGCUUCCCAUCUGCGACGCCACCUGUUCCAGCUGCCGCCUUUGGGCUGCGCUCCACCGCACGCGGAUCGUCUGCCCAGAGGCCGACUCUCUCGUGAGCGGGAUUGAGCAGGACCUGCAGUGGGAGAGCGCCGACGAGGAGGCCACCCGGACGCCGAGGACAGCGGCGAGGUGGGCGGGCUGGGCGAGAGCGGCCGCGUUGGGCUGGCCGGCGCCGCAGCCCGCAGCAAAGGACGGACCGCCCGCCCCGCCAGAGCCGCAGGGCGUCGCGCGCAGGGGUGGCGGUGGCCUGCCGUCCCCGUCGCCGAGUGAGUGGCGCUCGUCGUGCCCCUGCGCGCCCGACCCCCGCGAGGAGUGCGCGGUGUGCUACGAGCCGCUUGGUGCACGCCAGCUCCACUGGACCUGCCCCACCUGCCGGGGGACGCUGCACUCUGCCUGCUGGAGUCGCUGGGCAGUCGAGAGCCGAGGCGAGGACAAGGCGCCGUCCUGCCCCCUCUGCCGCACCGGCGCCUCCUUUCGCCGCUAUGACUAG